GUUAACAGCCGACCGGUGACACUUUCCCCCCCAAAUGUGCAGCUCGUCUCGGGGAGAAGUGAUCCGUGUUGCGCGCCCAGUCCUGCCGUCAUUGCUCGUUCGUGCGUCCCCCAUGAAGCCAACAAAGUAUCAGCGGGCAUCAGCGUCUUUAUCCCGAAGAGCGCCGGACUCCUUCCGCCGUGGCCCAGCAGCCCUGGAUGGGACUACUUCACGGGGAGACAAAUAAAUAGCAACUUUCAGCUUUUGGACUAUUUGGCACACUUCUUUUUACUCUUUAACGUCCACGCCCGCCGACUUUUCUGACGUCCGGAUAGCAUGGCAAUGGUAGUAAACCAGUGGCCAGAGAGCAUUUCCGCCGACCCGGGCUCGCAGAUGCAGAUUUGCGGCCAGGAGCCCGGAGGCGCGCCGGGGACUCCGAGCGGCUCGACGCCGGGAAACGAGGCUCUGUCCGGGGACAAGCUGCCCAACGUGGACUGCAUGGUGUGCGGGGACAAGUCGAGCGGGAAGCACUACGGCCAGUUCACCUGCGAGGGAUGCAAGAGCUUCUUCAAGCGCUCCGUCAGGCGGAACCUCAGCUACACCUGCCGGGGGAACCGCGACUGCCCCAUCGACCAGCACCACCGGAACCAGUGUCAGUACUGCCGCCUGAAGAAGUGCCUCAAAGUCGGCAUGAGGCGAGAAGCUGUGCAGCGAGGUCGCACGUCCAAUUCCCAGAGCAGCCCGGGUCAGUACUUGACCAACGGCGGCGACCCGUACAACAGCCAGCCCUACCUGUCGGGGUUCAUCUCCCUGCUGCUGCGGGCCGAGCCCUACCCGACGUCGCGCUACGGCGCCCAGUGCAUGCAGGGCAACAACCUGAUGGGCAUCGAGAACAUCUGCGAGCUGGCGGCCAGGCUGCUCUUCAGCGCCGUGGAGUGGGCCAAGAACAUCCCCUUCUUCCCCGACCUGCAGCUCAUGGAUCAGGUGGCGCUGCUGCGCAUGUCGUGGAGCGAGCUCUUCGUGCUGAACGCGGCGCAGUGCUCCAUGCCGCUGCAUGUAGCGCCCCUGCUGGCGGCGGCGGGCCUGCAUGCCUCGCCCAUGUCGGCGGAGCGCGUGGUGGCCUUCAUGGACCACAUCCGCGUCUUCCAGGAGCAGGUGGAGAAGCUGAAGGCGCUGCAGGUGGACACGGCCGAGUACUCCUGCCUCAAGUCCAUCGUGCUCUUCACCUCCGACGCCAUGGGCCUGUCGGACGUGGCGCACGUGGAGAGCAUCCAGGAGAAGUCCCAGUGCGCCCUGGAGGAGUACGUGCGCAACCAGUACCCCAGCCAGCCCAACCGCUUCGGGCGCCUGCUGCUGCGUCUGCCGUCGCUGCGCAUCGUGUCCUCGCCCGUCAUCGAGCAGCUCUUCUUCGUGCGGCUGGUGGGCAAGACGCCCAUCGAGACGCUGCUGCGAGACAUGCUGCUGUCGGGCUCCAGCUACAACUGGCCCUACAUGCCCGCCGCCGUGCAGCGCGAGCGGCCCAUCUCGCUGCACUACAACGAGAACGGGCCCUGACCUGGCCCCGCUCCCCUCCGAUGAACUUCCGGUGCGGGUCGCCAGCCGGUCUGGACUGUCGGACGUAGGAACCUAUGCAACUCCUGGGUGCUGAGCCUCCACCUGUGCCAGUUUGAUAAACGAUACAGAGCCAGGGCUCUGAGGACACGCCCCCUUUUGAAAACCACAAGCCAUUAAAAAGGACCCGCGCCAAAACCUCCUUUUGGACCUUUUUCUUCUUCUACUGUCCCUAUGAUUGUGUCCAUAUGUACAGUACAGCAUUGAUCACUUAUUGACUAUUACGGAGCUCAGGUGGACUAGACGGGCCUGACAGCCACCGUGCCAAAGCCAAAUGUUCCACCCGUCCUUUUGGUGUCGGAGGUGCGGCUGGGAAAACACGCUAAAGCUAAACAUGCUAGCUCGAUUGGAGACACAUAAUACAUACUGACUGACUGACUGACUGACUGGUAUACACACAUAUGCACCACCCGUCCUUUUGGUGUCGGAGGUGCAGCUGGGAAACCUUGCUAAUGCUACACAUGCCAGCUCGAUUGGAGACAAAUAUCACAUACUGACUGACUAACUGCUAUACACAAAUAAUACACACUGACUGGUAUACACACAAAUGCACCAAACGUCCUUUUGGUGUCGGAGGUGCAGCUGGGAAAACAUGCUAAUGCUACACAUGCCAGCUCGAUUGGAGACACAUAAUAGAAACUGACUGACUGACUGGUAUACACAAAUAAUACACACUGACUGGUAUACACACAAAUGUACCACCCGUCCUUUUGGUGUCGGAGGAGCAGCUGGGAAAACAUGCUAAUGCUACACAUGCCAGCUCGAUUGGAGACAAAUAUCUCAUACUGACUGACUAACUGCUAUACACAAAUAAUACACACUGACUGGUAUACACACAAAUGUACCACCCGUCCUUUUGGUGUCGGAGGUGCAGCUGGGAAAACAUGCUAAUGCUAAGCAUGCUGGGUCGAUUGGAGACACAUAAUACAUACUGACUGACUGACGACUGACUGACUGGUAUACACACAUAUGUACCACCCGUCCUUUUGGUGUCGGAGGUGCAGCUGGGAAAACAUGCUAAUGCUACACAUGCCAGCUCGAUUGGAGACAAAUAUCACAUACUGACUGACUAACUGCCAUACACAAAUAAUACACACUGACUGGUAUACACACAAAUGUACCACCCGUCCUUUUGGUGUCGGAGGUGCAGCUGGGAAACAUGUUAAUGCUAAGCAUGCUGGGUCGAUUGGAGACACAUAAUACAUACUGACUGACUGACGACUGACUGACUGGUAUACACACAUAUGUACCACCCGUCCUUUUGGUGUCGGAGGUGCAGCUGGGAAAACAUGCUAAUGCUACACAUGCCAGCUCGAUUGGAGACAAAUAUCACAUACUGACUGACUAACUGCCAUACACAAAUAAUACACACUGACUGGUAUACACACAAAUGUACCACCCGUCCUUUUGGUGUCGGAGGUGCAGCUGGGAAAACAUGUUAAUGCUAAGCAUGCUGGGUCGAUUGGAGACACAUAAUACAUACUGACUGACUGACGACUGACUGACUGGUAUACACACAUAUGUACCACCCGUCCUUUUGGUGUCGGAGGUGCAGCUGGGAAAACAUGCUAAUGCUAAGCAUGCUGGGUCGAUUGGAGACACAUAAUACAUACAGACUGACUGACUGGUAUACACACAUAAUACACACUGACUGGUAUACACACAAAUGUAACAUCUGUCCUUUUGGUGUCGGAGGUGCAGCUGGGAAAACAUGCUAAUGCUAAACAUGCUAGCUCGAGUGGAGACACAUAAUACAUACUGGCUGACUGGUGUACACACAAAUGUACCACCUGUCCUUUUGGUGUCAGAGGUGCAGCUGGGAAAACAUGGUAAUGCUAAACAUGCUAGCUCGAUUGGAGACACCUAAUACAUACUGACUGACUGACUGACCGGUAUACCCACAAAUGUACCACCCGUCCUUUUGGUGUCGGAGGUGCAGCUGGGAAAACAUGCUAGCUCGAUUGGAGACACAUAAUACAUACUGACUGACUGACUGGUAAUACACACACAUAAUACACACUGACUGGUAUACACACACAUGUACCACCCGUCCUUUUGGUGUCGGAGGUGCAGCUGGGGAAACAUGCUAAUGCUGAGCAUGCUAGCUUGAUUGGAGACUCUGUGUGUAGGAUGGGUGCUGAUAUCAUUUCGGCCAACACUCGACAUCACUAUCGGCGGUGAGCCAGUUCCCUGCUCGACACCAAACGCUCUGUGUCCACUUUAGAGUAGUCCGUGUCAACACACACAGUAUUGUCCGUCAAACAAGCCCAUGUGUAGCUGCUCUGCAGUCCAGCAUGGCGCGGGGGAGUCGCAGUUCAGGGCGGGCAAGCGACGCAGCAACACCCGCCGGUUGUUUCAGCACACUGCAGCCGCAGGAUUCUCACGGGGAUGAUGCACAUUUCAGCGCAUAGUGAACCUGCUCCAGCUGCACACGGGCUACUCUAAAGUAGGAGAGCGGAGGAAAAGAGGCGUCCGUCAUUACGUCCAAAACCUGGCUCCGCCUCUCUUUGUUGAUUUCCUGGUGUGGGCGGGGCUUGGCUGCACUUGCCUUAGAAGAUGAAUCUUAUGACUGUGCCAUAAUGUCUGCUCACCUGUUAUAGCAGGUCUUAUUCUUACCUGUCGUGAUGAAGAUGAUAAUGAUGACCCCACCUGGACUUCACCACUGUGACCUUGCCUAGCAUAUUUGACCUUGACCCCCCCCUCACCUUCCCAACAUGAUGUCGUCUUCUUGCAUUGGAAGAUCACCUUCACCGAAUGUUCUGUGACUUUGUUUGGUUUGGAAGUGAAGACAUGACUCAAAUAAAAUGUUCUUGUUCACGAUCA